AAAGCCUAAUGUGCAACGCUGCCAGUAAUCUGUAGCCGAAAAAGUAAUGCCAUUGUAUAUAUCUAUAUAGUGUGUGUGUGUGACCGAUCGAUGAGAAUGAGUGCAGCGAUGACCAAUCGAUAAUCGCAAGUGCGCACCUUACAGCAACAACAAAGCAGGCAGCCAGGCAGGCACACCUAAACCGCCCCCCACUUCCCCUCGCCAUUGCACACACACACACAGAGUCGCGAGGAGAUGGCGGACUUGGCGGAUAUGGCAGCGGUGGAGGAGACCAGCGACGAAGGCUUUCCGCUGGGAUUUCCAGAAGUCGGCACCUGGAACACCACACACAAUGUCGCCUUCAACGACAUGAAUCUGGAUGCGCGCAUGAUAUGGCUGCUUGCGUCGCUACUCACCACCAUCACCUGGGUGACAUACAUCACUUUCUACAAUUCCCGAGUGAUCGGGAUGCUGAUCACAAAGAUCGCCAACAGGUGGUUCAUUAAGGGAGCGUACUUUAAAAUCGGAUCUGUGGCCCUGAAUCCAUUGGCUGGAAAGAUUAUGUUUCGGGACUUUGUGUACAUCACCUACGACUACACGGUGCGAGCACAGGACGGAUACUUUAUCUUUCGCUGGUGGCGAUCAUACGUUCCCAAGGAUGUCUCAGAGGAUCUCUCCCACUCGGACACACGUCUAUCGGUCCAAUUAAAUGGUUACGAGCUGCACAUUUACAACAGAUCCGAUCUGUACGACAAGCUGGAAAAGACCUUUGGGCUGGAGCCAUCGCUGCUUAUACCCACGGAUGUGGUAAGCAAUGAGGAACGAAAUAAGCUAAAGGAGCACCACAUGAACCUCGAGAAUGCUCGACAAAGCCAGAGGAUACAGAAUGUAAAGAACUCGGAGGCCAUGCAGGCGACCACUUGGAGGGAUCUGAUUCCAGUGAUCAAGAUCGACAUCUGCUCUGGUCGUUUCGUCUUUGGAAACCGCCUGACGCCGACAACUCUCUCGAUUUCCGUGGAGGAGGCCCACUGCACCUACAGUACGAAACCAGCCGUGUGUCAAUUGGAUCACUUUAUGCACUUUGUGAAGGCCAAAGUGGAGAAUGCCAAGGUGCUCUUCUGUCCGAGUCCCAAAUAUACCGGAUUGAUUGAUGAGCCGCCUCGAUAUAUGGGAGAGGGCUUCGUGGUGAUGAUGUCCAAUCAAAUGGACUUGUACUUCUAUAUGGAUGAGCCUGGCGUGGUGCCGCAACAACCUGUACAGAUAGUCCUACCCAACGGGGAUGUGGUGGAGCCCUCGCCCCCAGUUUGGGGUAUCAAUGCGAGAUGCCUCAAGGGAACGGAUUUCAGCUACGGACCCUGGGCUGAUCGUCAAAGGGAUCACCUGUACAAAUACUUUUAUCCCUCGGAUUGGAAGGAGGCAGAGGUCACACCAACCCCCCAGCCUGGGGAGCUGCGCAGCUAUCAGUCCUUCGAUGUGACACUUUGCGUGCUAAAUGAGGCCACCAUCGACAUUCUCUUCUCCAAGGAAAAAGAGACAAACGCGAUGCACAUUACAGUGGGACCUGCUUCAUAUGUGGAGGUUACGAUUCCCUGGGUCACCCAGCCAGACGGCUAUACUUCCAAGAUCCAGGGUCAGCUAUUUCACGUGGAGGCCACCACAUCGCUGCAGUAUCGCAGCCUGGCCGAGUUCGAGUCCCUGGAGUACAAGGUGAGGAUCCAUUAUCCGACAAAGUGGAAUGCACCGCAGGACUGGAGCAUCUCGUUGUCUGGCUGCAAGACCAGUGCUUUUAUUGUGUACAAACACAAGUGCUUCUUCCAAGACCUGAUCGAGGAUUGGGCGAACAAGGCCAGACCGGAUAUACUCAGUUUCGUUCCCUACACCUGCAACUUCAGCAUCCGGCUGCAUGAGUUCGAGAUCCUUAUGCUGUGCAACGAGUACAACUGGAUAGACUGCAGCAGUGCCAACCAGGAGAACAACCACUUGGCCUUCUGUGGGGACGUCUUCGAAAUGAGCUUCGCCCUGCCGUUUGACGACUUCCUGCCCAAGACGGUGACGCUGAAGUUCUGGAUCCACGGCGAGGGCUUGGACCUGAGCUUGUACGUGCCGGAGGUAUCCUCGGUGCGUCCGAUUGUAUUAGCCAUAGACGAGAACGCAAGACUGCUGACCAGGGAGGGCAAGCUCAUCCGGCGCCCGGAGUUAUACUCAAAGAAGUGGCGCAAGAUCUGCCAGCGCUCCGCCGGUUGGAUUGACUGCUGGGCUGUGCCAAUUUUGGCACUGUCCAUCCAGUAUGUUUAUCACCCCGUUCCGCCCUUGGGGCCCGAUCCCCAGGCGGAUAUCACCACGCCGGAGAAGGAGGAGAUUCUACUGAGUCCCAUGCGAAUACCCAAGGUCAGGAAAUCCCCGGUGAGCAGUUGGCAGCAGCCGCCCGAGCAAUAUAGUAAAUUCGAUCCCGGCACAUUGGCAGCGGAUCAUGUGACUGUUGAACUGGAGAUUGGCAGCUCGGUUCUCAUGGCCUACGGAAAUGUGCUGCGCAACUUUAUAAGCCUAAAGGAGAAUAUCUUCGGGGAGGAUCAAAACUUUACUGAUAUGGAGCAGUCAAAUGUAAAUAUGAAGGAGCCAGGGGCCACCCAGCUGAAUCCCAAGGAUCAACUGUUGGCCAAGGAAAAGGAAUUGGCCAACAAAUCCAUUUCGGAAACUCAAGCGCCCGAGGAGAAACGGAAGCCCUUUGAUCCUCGUCUCUACCGACCACUGGAAGUGAUGGUUUCUGUGAUUGUCCAUGAUAUCCAAGCGCAUGUGAUGAAGAACUGCAAUGCAGACGAUCCCCCGUGUCCAGUGGUGCUAAUUGAACGGUUUGGCUUCGAAAUGAAUAAGCGGUAUCACGAAACAACUCUACAGGUUCUGGUUAGUCCGUCGUACUUGCUGGCCUCCGACUGCCUUCAGCGCUCGCAACGGGAGCAGCACAUUAACCAGGGUCACCUGUUGCUCUCGGCAGUCCAGGUGAGAGGUCAUGCCAUGUUCAGCAAUGAAGGAUGUGCACUGGAUGAGGAUACGCUGGAAUACUCCUGGCUGGUGGAAGUGCAGUUGGGAAAACUCACUGGAAAACUUACGCUGCCCCAGCUAGUGAAUGUGGUCACUGGUCUGGAGACUCUCAUCCUACUAGCCAUCGAUCCAGAGAACUGCCUGAAGUCACCGAAGACAGUAAGGAAUUGCCAUCACGGAGUGCCCAGCAAUUUGUGUCCCCAGACCAAGGAAGAGAAGAAGUAUAAGUGUCCCUCCUCCGAGGAUAUCAAAUACAAAAUGACACGAGUUUCUGUGGAUGCCGUAGAUGUCUACCUUAUUGAGAGCGGCACUGCCCUGCACGCAUGGAUCUCACCCAUCCGCUUGGCGAAUUGUAACCUUCACGGCCAGCGGGUAAAGUCCGGGAUCUCUGGCUUGCUGCCCUCCAUUUUGCUACGCCUUUUCAUGCUGCACACUACGACCUCCUCGUUUAAUACCAACACCACGGGCAGCAAUCGAUCCGGAAAGUUAAGGCGAGCAGAUCAGGACUCUUUGAAGUCGCAGGAUGCAGCUGGAGGAUCACACUAUGCUCCACAUGGCAAGGCAGGAAAGCGCAGCUCCAACUCCUUUUCAAGACGCGAUUCCCGGGAUGAAGCCACGCGAAAGCUGAGGGAUAGCUUCUCGGAGCCGCAUGCUAAGCGCACACCGGAAACAUCCGAUCUCUGCGAGAAUUGGGUGGAGGUGGGAUGCACUUCGCUGGGUCCCAUUCUCCUGGAGGGAGCUUCCGCCUUGCCGAUACCGGAUCACGAACUGCAUCUAGUGCAGCACAAUUUCCUGCGCGAACAUGAUGCCAAGUUUAAACGCUUAUGGUUCCUCUGGUCACAUAAUGGAAGUGCUCUGUCCUCCGGAACAGAAAUUUCACGAUGUGGAUGCAUUGGAGGCUGCGCCUUCUUUGGCAGUAAUCGAAAUGGUCAGAAGUUCUUCAAGCCAACGGCACAGGAUGUCCACGAUAACUACAACAUUGCGCGUUACUUCAUCAUCAACAAUAAUAAGGACUUUGGAUUCGGCGAGAGCAUUCUGCACCAGAGUCAACUAGUCUUCCACACACCACCCUACAGUCUGCACUGCGUUUCGCUGUACGAUUCGGCCGAUUUUAAUGGCAAGGGUCGUCUGUACAGGCCGGCCGGGGAUUUACGUAAUGGAAGCCUUAAGAAAUCGGAUCUCUGUUCCUUACCCGAUGGGACCAAGUUCAAGAUCGGUGCCAGUGGAACAACCGGAGUCGAACCUGACCUGAGCAAUCGAAACAAGUCGCGUGAGAGCAUUGGUUCGCCAAAUACUUUGGAAAGGAGGAACAAACGAUAUCCCUGCACACGCCAGACCUCCGUGGAGGUGCCCUAUGCCCGCCUAUUGGACAGUCCCUCCAAGAAGCUUCAGUUGCAACACGAAGGGGUAGCAGGUGGCAGCGACAUGGGAAGUGGGCAUCGACGCGGCUCCGACUCGAACAGGCUGCGAGUGUCGCCGCCGAAGACGAGCAUUUCCGACUCCAGACUGACCGGGGAUGUCCUGGAUGAUGAACAUGAGAUACCUGACGAGAUGUCACACUCGGCACCCCAUUCUCAUCCCCUGGAGUUCGAGAUAGCUGAUAUAGCUCUCCAUGCCCAGGUUGGGGGUGACCACCUUCCUAGAGAAGUGCAGCGCACCAUAUCGCUGACAUCGGAGAAUCCCUCGGAGAUGUUCUUCUCCGCCGAAGAGGACAUAUCGAAUGUGAUGUCGCAGCGAGGAUCUAUGAAGCAGCGAAAUAGUGCCAACAGUGGAUCAGUGGUGCUGUCUGGAAAGAAGCGAUUCUCAUCAGAUUUGAGUAUUGGAGCCCAAAACGAGAAUGGCAGCCAUACCUUGCCCACAUAUCGCAGCGACUUGGAGAUCCAUGCUCCCGAUGGCAAUAAAACGCUUCCGAAACGCCCGCAGAGCACUACUGAACUGGCUGAUUCCCGUGGAUCAUCAUCCGGCACACCAUCACUGUCUUCCAACUCCUUUAUCUCGGCCAUGUCGUCGCAGGAGGAUGUGGCUCUGGUCAAUCUCCAUCAGCAAGUCAACCGGCCGAUCAUAGACUCGCCGUUGCUAAUGGCCAGCUAUCUGAAUCAUCUGUCGCAGGUGAAGUGCUUCAAUUGGAAUGGCUGCUCCUUUCCCUUGGGACCCGAUGUCUUUUCCACGCCACUGUUCUCGGAAAAUGAAGAUGGUGGCCUAACCUACAUUGGCAGCAAAAUGCUGCCCCACUUUGAUCUCUAUUCGUGUUGGCGGGAGAUCAAAGUGGUUCCCCGAUACGAAAAUGCAACGGGUAGUAACAGUUCGGCCACAUUUAUGGGAGGACCCAAGUCGCAUCCCUGGGAUCCUAGUGUGCUGCUAAAGGAGGAGGAAACGGACAAGACGACAAAUGGGUUCGAUGAUGGCGAGUUCAUGAGCCUGCAGGCAGAGGGAGGAGCGGCCUGCACAUCGGUGGUGGCGCGACUUAAAGGACAGCUAAACGUCUUCCUUACACCGCUUUUGUUGGAGGGAUUGCAAAGAAUGGUUGAAGCCGCCGUUCCCACAAUCCAAUCAAUGCACUUGCUUUCGGUGGUAAACUUCAUCCACACCUCGUGCAUUGCGAAGGUGAACAACGACAACAUCCUGAAGCGAGAUCAGAGCCUCAGCUACUGGUCCCAGGUGCACUCCAACUCGAAGCGAUCCACAACAGAGAGACAUCUCCAGGGACCCGGGGAUUCGUUCCUCAGCGACGUAUACGAGGAGAGUAUCUCCACAAAGACCCAGGGACUGAUUGUGCUGCCCAAGGUCAGCAUCACCAUGCUGCAGUCCUCCAUUGUGGAGGAGAUCAUCUCAGUGGCAGCGCUGGAUAACGUUCAGGAUCUGAGUUGCGUUUCCCUGCUCACCUUUUACAUGGAGGGCAUAUCCACGAAGUUCCAUCUGGGCAAGACCACGCGUGCCUCCAUGCACAACGUAUACAUCCAGCAGACGGUGCAGUCCGGCAGCAGUCACAAGAAAGGAGGCAUUAUGAAGGGCACACGGGCUCUCUUGGCCCACCUCUCGUCACAGACGCGACCAGACAAUGUUCAAGGUGAGCCCAUACUGAUUGAAACUUCUGAAAAGCAGCUGGAGGAGCUCGUCAUCACGCUGGACAUAGGCAGAGCCCAUGCCCAACUGCGUCGCCUGAAGACUGAGAGCCAGUCGUGUGCGCAGGAUUCGCCCAUCAUCGUCACCGCCAUUCCGGAACACAAGAGCAAAGUGCUUUUCGAGUGCCUGAAAAUGCCAGAGAGCACGGGUAUCGAAAGCAUUGGCUACAUUAUGUUCGAGUGUGGAUUGGAGGGCGUGGGUGUGAAGAUUGUGAAGCGUUCGCACUUUGAGAAGUCGGAGAACAGCAAGGAGGAGUUGGCCGAAAUGGCAGGAGCGGGUGCUGAAGGCACCACCUCUACCGGAGGCUUCAAUCUCAACGAUCUAGUUGGUGGCCAGAACGAAGGAGCAGCUGCUUCCAGUGACGGAGGAGCCACUUCCAAGGCGGAAGCUGCCUGGAGAUUGAUAACCAAAAAGCCUCCCACUCCGAAGACCCCCAAGGCAUCAGAAGGCAAUGCUGCAGGUGCAGAUAACUCCUCCUCGGCGGCUGGUGACAGGAAAUCCACACCCAAACCUCUAGAUGAGGAUGUGGAAAAGGGAGCGGCCACAGGCAAUAAUCCAACAGGAACGCAAAAGAACCCUAGCGGCGGGGCAGGAAACAACUCAAAGGAUGCCUACGACAAGGUGCUGUCCAAUGUCAAGGAAACGGACAAGACCUCUUCCUGUGUAAUCGAACUGAAGUCGGUGUGGUUCAACUUUGCUGCUCCGCCCUGUGUGCCCAUCACACGGAAGAUCGAUCUAACGCGUCUGGACUGGAAUCUUCUCAGCACCGCCUCACCGGCUAUCACGGCCUGGAUGAAUCCUAGCAACCGGCUGGCCAUCAAGAUCGUCUCCCUCAUGAAAGCCCUGCACACCAGGCAGACGGCAGUAGCCGCUUGCCUCAUGGCGCAGGCCAUGGACAACGAGAAGAUCCAAAGGAACCCGAAGAUAAAGAAGAGUCGUUAUGCCAACAACUACACGCUGCUCUCCAAGACACUGCAGGAGGAUCCCAGUUGCCAGCUGUGCUACAUCAUGCAAAAGCUGGUGCUGGACGAAGGUGUGGAGCGCAUCGAACCGAUUUUCAAGCAGCAUGAUGUACCGCAUCUCAAUACCCUGCGACAGGGCAUCAUUGUGCUUAGUCGACAGUGGAAGAACACCCUCUACAAUCCCAUUCUGUUCGAACACCAGUACAAGAACAAGCUUGCACGGCCCAUCAACGUGACCUUCUCGUUCCCCCAGAACGAGGAGGAGGCGGAGAACGAUGAGUGUGAAGGUGAUGUUGAAAUGGGCGCCUAUUCGGGCGUCGGCGAGAAUCCGGAAGAGAAAAACAAUCAGUACGGCGGAGGACUCCCGUAUGCUCAUGAGACUGGAAACCAUGGAACUGCUUCACAACGAUCCACUUCGACUUCCCCAAAUAUUCAUCUCCCGCGUCGUGGCUUGAGCAAAGUGCACAGCAAAGCCUCGAAUUAUUCACAUGGCAAUUCAUCUCGUUCUAGCAUUCAAAUGCUGCCCAUUAUUUCUGGGCUGGUGGAGAAGCAAAUGCCGGAAUUUGAGUACGGUGCGUUGCAGGAGGGCUCUCUGAGCUCCACCAACUCGGUUAAUAAAUUCUGGUUGGGAGCCGAGAACCACAAGGAGGACUUGUACUUCUGGAUGGCCAAGCAACAGGAUAGCAAAAAGAAGCACUUUGCCGAGAAAGAGCACGCACGCCCUGCUCCGCCCAAGAUGCAUGGACAUUAUACGGGGCAGUCUCGCAGUGGAAUCAUGCAGGAUUCCAUCAAGCUACUGGAUGCUCAUUUGAUUUUCGAGCCCCUCCUCACUUGCCUGGGCGUGAUGCCCCAGCAGAUGAUCAACAAGUUCUCCAACGCAGACAUCUCAUCGCUGGAGAACUUUGGCACCAAUCUAUCGCUGAUCGGUACCUUCGAUUCCAUUCGCGUGGACAUUGUUGUCAGCGAGGCGGGUGACAAAAAGAACUCGGCCCAGAAGCCAGCGAAACUGAGCAAGAAAUCAAAUGGUGGUGGCAGGGCCUCCAUAAUAAUGGACACUCCCCUAUUCCUUUGCGAGCGAGUGGGUGUGGAGCUGGAGGUCCUGAAGAUGUCCGAUGGCAUGGUGGAUCAGGCACGCCAGAAUGUCAUCUAUAUGUCCCGGCGCCAGCUGAAGAAGCAUACCAGCACUGUGAUCAACUUCAGCCUUAAUGUAAGGUUCAUCUCGCAGCAGGUUAACAUGCCGCUGUUGAGGCUGCUCCACCAGAUCUGCAACAUGUAUCAGAAUGUGAAGGACGCCCAGAACGAGUUCCACGAGCAGCCUGAAUUGAGCAAAAAGAGCCAGACUAAGGAUGAGUGUAGUCUGGCUUCCGAGCCUACAGAUAUCUUGCCCUUCAAUUCGGUCGCCGAGCGCUUUGGUCAUGGAGAGAACUACUCGGACGAGCGCUAUGAUAAAUUCAACGAAACUAUGCCCACGACAAUAGCCAGGCCACGUCCAGGCGGCCUGGCGCCCAUUAUUCAACUCACGCCUUCACCCAACGCCAAGAACCGGCCGCAGAGCUUCGCCCAGAAGCUUCGAUCAACUGGGAAAUCCGUCAAGGGCAAGCUGGGCUACACGAACCUGAAUGAAUCCAGCUGCUCGCCCUUAAGGGACAGUCCCACGAUGUCAAUCCAUGAGCAGAAUAUCCUCAAAAUGUCUACAGAGUCGAAGGCCUCUCUGAAUGGUGCCUGUGCCACCAGUAUGAGUGGAGACUACCAGAAUACCCUCACCAAAGCGGGAAUGCCAACGAUGGCUCCUCUGUUGGAGACGCCAAACUGCUGGAAAACCAUCUACCACCUGCUUGAGCUGUAUGGUACCAUGCCGGAAACCAAGACCGUGGUCCAAAGGAGCUCCCUGAACGAGCACAAGAGUAAGCCUCCUCAUGCUUUCGGCAAUGAUGAAGAUGAUCUCGCCAGUGCUCCCACACCGGUGCCCCAGCAUCGUGAGAUGCUGUUGGUGGAUGCACCAUCCCAGGAGCGAACGCGAUUGAUUGUCUUUGGAGUGGCAAAAAUACACAAGACUCGUCUGCUGGCCACGCUCUCGGGCCUCAAGUUGGAGUCGGAGAUCACUACGCUGAACAGCACGGCCACAUGGCGAAAGAAGGCGCGUCCCGUUUCCCUGGAGUGCUCCCUUACUGGCCAGGUUGGCAGAGCCAUGAUUGUGCUGCUGGAGGGAGUAGCUCCCAGUCAACAGACCGUGGUAAAGGUGACUGUUGGCAAGAGCCAGACGCUGUACUCGAGCCUUUCGAAGCGAGGCAAGGACAAGAACAGCGGUCUGCUAUCCAUUGGAGCAAUCAACAUAGACAUUCCACAGCAUCCAGUGGCGCUGCAUGGCAUGAUGACGCGCAGUUCUAAGCAGUUGUCUUCCACACUGCAGGAGUUACGAGUUAAGCGCAAUUCUGGUCGCUCCACUCUCCGUUCGCAUACGGCCGAGGAGCCGGAUUCCCCGUUCCAUGCCCGCAACUCGGGAGGAACUAGUAGUGGCGGCGGAAUGGCCAGUGAAAUGCGAGAGCGCACUGUCUCCGGUGGAGCAGGAGCCCAACAGCACCAGCCCCACCAGCAGGCGGCUCGAAGGGCAGCCGCUUCACACAUGGCUCAGUCCAAAGCAGGAACCCAGGCACAGCAUCAGAACGGAUUGCUGCAACCCCUCGUCAUGCAGUUCAAUGUGCUCCUCCAGAGCUUAUCCAUCAAUGCGGCUCUGCUGCCCUCGCUCCAGGCCCAGUACCGGAUGAAUCAUGUCAGCUCGAUGGGAGUGACCGGCCAAAGGGCCAAGUUUGUCAUCGAUCUUCCCACGCAUACGCUCAGCUUUAACACGAAGAUUCAGAAUGAAAUGAAUCUGCCCUCAGAGGCCUGUAUUGGCCUGCCACCGGUUCACGUUCUGGCGGAAUAUAUACCCGACCAUCGUCAGGAUCACACAGAAAACACCGAGGGAAUCGUACUGCGUCAAGGUGGCUACGUAAAUGCCAGUGCUGAGAUUGGGGAGUUCGAGCGCUGCCUGACCACAGAUCUCCUGAACCAUCUGGUCUUUGUGCAAAAGGUGUUCAUGCGCGAAAUCAACGAGGUGUUGCAAAAGGUGUAUGGAGGCGAGAAGCCAGUGCCCCUGUGGACUGAGGAGAGUGGCGAUAACUCCGGAGCAGUGCAGGAGUCGUCACUCAAACGCAUCCUCUUCUCCAUCAACAUCUCAAUGAAGCGCAUCCAGCUGACAGCCACCACACCCUGCUCGUCGGCAGUUCGUUUCGAAACCGGAACUCUGGAGCUGCAGCUAUCGAACCGGGUGAAGAACCUGGGCGAUAUGAGCAACCGGAAGCUCUUCUUUAAAGCCCACAUCGAUUUCAACCUAUCCCUGGGCCAGAUCAUUCGCAAUGUGAUCUUUGACGAGGCUGAGCCAGAGUUCCAGCAGUAUGCCUUCUUUCACACAACGAUUGGGCUGAGGAAUGCCUUCCAGGAUGAGCUGCUGAACGAGGACAAAGAAUUGAUUCUGCUCACGCUCAAGAGACCGUUGGUCUACGUCCAGCCCAUAGCAGUGGAUAAGGCCAUCCUCGUCUGGCUGAACUACAAGAACGCCUACGAGUACUGGGCCGAGAAGAGGGCGAACCUCUGCCACGAACACGUCCAGCACAGCCAGUACAGUCAGUACUCGGCGGCCCAGCAGCAGCAGAACCAGAAUCCGCAGGUGUUCGAUCGCGUUGCCUUCGGCCAGAUAGCCAGCUCCAACCUAUCCACGCUCUUCCUCCAACUCACCGUCGAGGACAUGGGCAUCUGUCUGCCCCUCAAGCAGGUCAACACUACGUUUGGCUCCCGUUCCUAUCAGGACUUUGAUGCAAAGGGCGCGGUGGUGAUCACGUUGGAGAACACCAUUAUAUCCGCCUGCAACUCGGGAGCCUUGGUGUCGAAGGGCAAGUUCCAGGGACUGUGCCUGCGCUUCGCCGACGACUUCGAGACGAAUUUGGACGACUGGAAGCCCAAUAGUGCCGAGCCCAUUAUGAAUGUCUGCGUGGUGUCCGAGGGAACCUUUGAGGUUUGCUCUCGCACCACGGCUGCCAAGAAGGGUGAGAAUGCCAAGUGGCUACUGAAUGUCAAAUGGCAGAUGGAAGGCGUGGAUAUCCACUUGGACGUAAACAUUGGCAAGCAGCUGAGUUCGCUGGGUCACACUCUGACCAUGCUCACCGGAUUCGAGGAGGAGGAGACCCAGAUGGAGUCCCCCGACAGCGAUGAAGGGGAUCAAAGCUGCAGGGAUACAUUUGUGAGAAGGAGAGGCGAUUUCGACAACCUGCCAGCCUUCGUUUUCGAUCCCACCAUCGACUCCAAGAAGCGUUCGUUCAUGAUGGAGAAGGAAAUGGCUGAGCAGCUGAAGAUUAUCAACGAUCUGCGCACUCUGGGCGCUUCCCACAACACAGUAGCCCAUGAAGAGCGGCGUCUGCAAGAGCUCCAGGCUAUUUGUUACAAGUAUUUCCGCCGGGACAUGAUCCAGAAGUGGAAGAGGCCUUCGCUGAGGCGAUCUCUCAAGAACUAUGGUCGCUCGCAGUCGUAUAUCGGAGCAGGAUCUUCGGUAACUGGAGUGGGAGUGCCACAAACUCUGGACAAUGGAAGCUAUUCAGGCCGAAGACUGGACACAAUUGCCUCCAAUGACGAGAUAUCCAGCCUGCAAAGCACUCCAGCCUCCUGUCAUUCGCGCAGUGCGUCCCUGAAACAGACUGGAGGAGGCGGUAUAGUCGGCGGAGGCAUUAAUCCCCUGGGUCGAGUGACCUUCACCGAAGCCAUGCGUCAGACAUCGCUUCCCAAUGCGGACACGGACACGGAGACGGCGGACAAUGAGCUGGAUUGGCGCGGAGACAUUACGCCCAGCGAGAUCGAUGUGGACGGCACCUCCGUGGAGAUGCGCCGAAAGCAUGGCCAUGGUCAGAAACAAGCAGAACCCAAUAUCGAUUUCGAACUGGACAUCAAGGUACUAGUGAACUCUGGGAAAUGCGUACUCCACACCAAGGAAACGGGCGAGGACAGAGCCCAGGGUUAUGCAGCAGGAUCAGGAGCAGCAGGCAGCAGCGUACCAGCUUCGAGUGUUAAAUCCCAUAAACGUGAACGGAGUAUUGGCAACGAUUGGGGCAGUCCCACGCCCUCAAGGAGGCAGAGGGACAAGAGCAAGCUGCGCUAUAAUGCCAACGCACUGCUGGCGGAUCUCACCAUUUUCCACAUCCCAGGAUUGGAUGUGAAACUUCACUACCAAUCGAAAACGCUGGCGGAUCAGGUAUCUGGAGAUCAAAUACCGCCACAUGGUCGCCGGAUGGGCAGCAAGCGAGCGACAUUGUGUGCCUGGAUGACCCUGCAGAGUAUACCGGAGGAAACCAUCAUAUCACCGCACAUUCUGGAGUUCCUGGAGCAGACCCUAGAGCCCAUACCCGCUCGACAGUCCAGCAGCGUUCCCCCAACGCCCUCCCACAACGCUGCUGUUAAUCUCGACAUACUGCCUGCCAACUAUGUGACUUACGCCUCGUUCCCCGUAGACGUUAUCGUAUAUUUCCACAUGCAACCCUCUACGUUCCGCUUCAGCUGCCUGCCCGUCUCCCGCGUGGAAUGUAUGCUGCAGUUGCCCAGCCUGGAUAUUGUAUUCAGCUCCAAGCGGAGCAGCGAGGAGGAGAGCUCAACCACGCAGCCAGGAAGUCAUGCUCACCCGGAGCAGCCGUUGCCCACCGGUGGACUGAGUGUCACUGGUUGCCUGGCCGACUUUAAUGUGUUCAUUUUCCAUCCCUACGGCGGAAAGAAAACCUCCAAGGAGACUCAGUUCUCACCGCUAAGCGAUAGUGAGAGAAAAGACUCCCUGAGCAUCAACGUGGAGUUUGUCAAGUUUCACAUUACGCGCUGCCGCAAGGUCUACAUCGAACCGCUGCCCAGCUCUAAGAGAUCUCUGGAUCAGUCUCGAGCUGUGAUCCGCUUCUCCACCAUUGUGGAUAUUGGAAGUGCCAGCUUUAAGUACGACAUGAGGAGAUUAACAGAGAUCUUGGCUUUUCCCAAGGCCUGGUAUCGCAGGAGGAUUGUGAGACGCCUCUUCCUGGGUGACCUUAGUGUCCACCAGCAGCAGCAGCAGCAACAGCAACAGCAGCAGCAGCAUGGAAAUGGUGCUGAAACCCCAACUGGAUGCCCUCCUGCUACUCCUACUCCUAGCGAGGAUGCAAGCAGGGCCAAGGAUAAAAUGCGCCUGGAUUUCGAUGGUCAGCCGCAGCAGCAGCACCAAUUGGGGCACUUUGGUGCUGUAAGGAAGCUUAAGAACCUGGGCAAAUCCUCCAGUGCCGAGUCCUCGGGAACUCCCCCAUCUGAGAAGAACCAAAUCACUGCCUGGGAGACACUCGUCCUCUUCGCAGUGAACUUUACCAAGCUCAAUGUGCAAAUGAACAUUGGCAACGUGUGCGGCAAUGUGGUGUGGCUCACCAAGGAUUUCCAGUCCGAUGGACGCCUCUCCAUUGGCAGCACUGGAUACAAGAACAUGUAUGCUGGCAUCUACCUUGGAGGAUCCGCUCUUGACGCCAAGGGAGGCAUAGUCGGUGGCAGCUUUGAGGUGAACAAGAUCAACCAGCGAUUCCAUAUCAAAGAGGAGGCAGGCAUGGAGCCGUACCACACCAUGGGACUCAGUUUCAUGGCACUGGAACUUAGGCUGGACUACAUGGGAACUUCUGUGCUGAUGACACGCAUCAGCAGCUUCUCCGCUGCCAUGAAGGAUGAAUGGCGGACUGCUUCCCAAGCAGCAGCUGCCCCUCCAUCGCAUGGCAAGGAUCAGGCCAGAGCACUGAUCUUUAUCCAUGGGGAUCUCACCUGGGACCAAUUGCAGAUCAUGAUCAGCAAGUCCACAACCGCAGAUCUGCUCAAGAUGUACUUCAAGCUGGAGGAGUUCUUCACACAGCAGUUCAAGUCCUCCAAGAGGGUGUUCUCUAGCCUGGAGCCGCGACUCCAAGACCGAUCUGCCAGCAUCAAGAGGCGACAGCAACUCAAGAAGAAGCCGGCCAACGGAGAGCUGGUUGCUCCCGUACCCAUUCAGGGUUUGAGCGGGGAACAUACCGACGCACGUCACCAUCGCCAUUGGCGGAAACCGCUGGCUCAGGCCGUUGGUCUGGUAGUGCCCUCAUUGGUUACUCGCCUGCCACGUCAUGGCAACGUCCUGGGCGGCACCGUUGAACUUCGAGGACAGAACAUCUCGUUGGCAUGCUUUCACGGCAUUAACUUCAAGUCAAAGUCGUGGGCUCUGUUCAGCCUAAGGUCCCCCUCGAUCAACUUUGCGACUGAAGCGCGACAGAACGAGGAGGAAGUGUUGGUCACACAGACUCUAACAUCUUCCCUGGGACAGACGGCGGAGGUGCAACAGCAGCAGAACCACUCGAUGGCCAUCGUAAGUCGGAUCACGCGAAACAUCAUUUUCCCGCCGCAGUUCAAGACGCUGAAUGAGUGGUUCCACUAUGCCUUUGCCAACAGCGAGAUCGAUGCUGUGGAUCGCUUCCCCAUUCUGGAAUGCGAACGAGAGAUCGCCUCCAAUUCCAUUGAGCGGACGCGAGCCUCCGGCAGCAGCAGUGCCGCCAAAGCGCAGGAGCACAAUCAUAACCGAGAGGUCAUCUUUGCCCUGCCUAGCCUGCAGCUGCAUUUCAAGACUGAGCACAAACAAGGACCAACCAUCCCAGUGCCUAGUGAAUCCAAGCCAGAAGUCUUGUGCAGCUUCAUUACCGAAUUCGAUGAUCACAUAUUUGUGACCGUCGAUGCGGAUGCCUUCUUUUUCCUACAUGAUCUCAUCACCUCAUACGUGACCGAAAAGGAGAAGGUGAUUGGAGCUCAAUCAGCGAGAGCUGCAUCACCAAAUCUUUCGCAAAAGGCCAACCUAAAGCCGUAUCUGACCGACGAGAUCCUUAAGGAGAAGAAAGGUGCCUCCAAUACGAACCUGACUGCCCAAGGCAAGCAGAUGAGUGCCAGCAAGAGCAGCCUGGAUCCGCUGCAGGGCAGUCACUUGAGCCUAGCGAACGCUGCUGCCAAUGUGUCGGGAGCAGCGUCAACGACCACGACAGCUUCGAUGACUGCAGGAACAGCAACGUCAUCAUCACCAUCAUCCACUACCGCCACCACAGUGACAUCAACUGGAGCGACAGGACCGUCGACGAGCUCCUCAAACGAUGCCACAGAUGGCAAGCAGGAAAGCUCACCGCCCAGCUUUGAUCUCGAAUCGUGUGUGCGUGACUGGCGGCACUUUGAGUGCCAGACAUGGCACCUUGAGCCCACAGUGCGCCUGCUCUCGUGGGCUGGCAAGUCUAUCGAGCCAUACGGCGUUGAUUACAUCCUCAACAAACUGGGCUUUCGCCAUGCCCGAACCACCAUACCCAAAUGGCUGCAGCGUGGAUUUAUGGAUCCACUGGACAAGGUGCAGGCCCUGAUGAUGCUGCAGUUGCUACUUAUGGUCCGCGAGAACAAAGUAGAGCGGGAUGGGGGGGCCAGUGGAUCUGGCAAGCAGCAGAACCAUCGACCAUCAACGAAUUAGCCAUGACAGAGCCACAUUUAUGACAAUUGACAAUUGCCCAAAGUCGUUCGAUUUAGUUUAAGCGUAUCGAUGUAUAGAUUUUUCAUCCAUGUAAAGUUUUAUAUAUAUUAUUUAUUAUCCCCGAUGACCAGGCAUGCUUUGAAGUUUCGACUUGCGGUAUUAUUUGGCCAUUAGGCAGCUUCUUCUUCUACUUCUUCUACAAUGUAAAUGGUUUGCUCUCGUUCCCCUCAUUUUAAGCGUAUUUGUAUUCUCCUCAUCCUCUUUUAUAGGUGUAAUGUCAAGUGCUUCGUGUAAUUUGCUCAAUUUUUGGCGCUUUGUAACUAUCAUUAAAUUGUUUUGUUGUUGGUAUUCCUAGGAUAUAAUUACUAUGCAAACAAGGAGCAAAGCAAUUGUGUUUAAACUAUAAGUAGCUCUAAUUGAAUAUACAUGAUUAAUAUAUACAACCAAAAACCGUGUAAGUCUAUCAAUAAGUAACUGAAUAAACUUUCGAAAGAGCAUA